GAAUUCAUUCUACUGUCAUUGAACGUAUCCAUUAUAGAUUCUGAUGCAAUUUUUUUUUUCAAUAUUUUACAUAAGCAACAAUAAAACCCGAUAAAAAUCAAUCAAAACUCGGGCCCUCUCAAUAAAACACAUUCCCAAUUGGCAAUCUUUUGCUCUGAAAUCAAUUUGCAUUGAAAAUGAGAGAAAGUUUUAACAUUUGUUUAGCAUUGCGUGUGUACUAAAUGUAUUCAAAAAAAAAAGAGUUUGUUUUUCGUUUGUUUGUGUUUGUGCAUAUUGAAUGACUUGCCAUUGUUUACUAGUAGUAAUAUUUGUCGUCGUUCUCUCAGUUGACUUGAUCGUAGCAGGAGAGUGUCUUUCUCUUCUCAUAUGAUUCAAAUAAAAUUGGCCAUUUCACAAAAGUUAAUCGCAUUUUAUCGGAAUUUCCUACGUGAACAAUAAUUUCUAUUUUCGAGUGAGUUAUUUUGGAAUUCAAGCAAGUGGCCGAUUGAUAUGAAAACGAGAGUCCAUUUCAAGUGCAAAAGUUGUGGGUGUGUGUGAUGUAUGGGCUGUGUGGUGAAUAUUGUGUGUAUAUUUGAAACCAUUGAAAUUUAAGGCGAUCGACGAAUAAUCAAAACAAAUCAUCAAACAAUUGAACGAUUCACGGUGAAUGAAAACUGACGAUGGCGCUGAACGGAUUUCUGGAUUUUUUCCAAAAGGGAAAGACAUUUCGACCGAAAAAAAGAUUUACUCAGGGAACAAUUAGAUACUCGCUACAUAAACAAGCUCAGGCCAGUCUUCAAUCGGGUAUUAAUUUACGGCAAGUUGUCAAACUACCAGAAGGCGAAAAUAUGAACGAUUGGAUUGCAGUGCAUGUGGUCGAUUUCUUCAAUCGUAUCAACUUAAUCUAUGGCACUGUAUCGGAGUAUUGUAAUGAAACCACAUGCCCAACGAUGUCUGGUGGACCACGAUAUGAAUAUUUAUGGGCCGAUGGUGAGAAUUUUAAAAAGCCAACAGCAUUACCAGCACCAAAGUACAUCGAAUAUCUGAUGGACUGGACAGAAAGCCAAAUCAAUAACGAAAGUGUAUUUCCCGUUACAACUAAUGUUCCUUUUCCGAAAACGUUUCAACAUCUCUGCCGGAAAAUACUGACAAGGCUCUUCCGGGUCUUUGUACACGUGUACAUCCAUCAUUUUGAUCGGAUCGUCAGCAUUGGAGCGGAAGCGCAUGUAAACACUUGUUACAAGCAUUUUUACUACUUUGUUCAAGAAUUUGAUUUGGUGUCGGCCAAAGAGCUGGAGCCAUUAUCCGAGAUGACUGCCCAUAUAUGUAAAGAUUAAGAAUAAUAUGAUAAGAGAGAGUGUACCAGCCGGCGAGUAGAAAAUUCCUCGAAAACACCAACACAUCUCAAACACCAGUUUGAAAUCCUGAACCGCACACAAAGAGGAUUUUCCUCUUUUUUUUUUAAAUGUACAAAAAUAUAAACAGUUUAUUUAUUGGUAAAUGCGUAAUGUUUGUUCGUUUGUUUGUUUUCCAAUAUACAAAUGGUUGUAAUUUGUAUCUCCAUUAGAAUAAUUUUAAUCAGUAAUGAUAUUUAAAAGAAGAGAAAAAAAAAUGAUGAAGAUGAAAGUUCGUAGAAAAAUGUUUUGUCUGUCCAAAUAUUCUACAACGUAAAUAUACCGAAAAUUGCCAACAUUUUAACCAAAA